AUGCAAAGGGCUAAUGCAAUUACACUAACUAAGCUUCGGCCUUUACAAGGACAAUGCUCUUGGGGUGCUCGAGGGCUGCAUCAAGCAGAGAAGGUUCUCUUAACAAAUUAUGUUUGGAAAAUUGGUUCUAAUUCAGCUCUACUUGCGGGGAAGGAGCGCUGGGUCAAUGGGUCGAUUCCACUAUUUCGGGAUGAUGUUCCUCUCAGUACUGUUGCUUUGACGACAGUAGCAUCACUUUUGUUGCCUCAACACCAAGGUUGGAAUGUGCCUCGUCUCUGUGAGCUUUUUCAGUCCUCUACAGUUAGCACUAUUCGUGGCAUAGAGAUUCCACGGUUCACUUCUUCUUCUGACAGUCUUCUUUGGCCUUUCACAACAUCUGGCCAAUAUACCACUAAAUCUGGGUACUUUUUCCUCUCUCGAAAUACAGAUAUCUGUAGCAUGAACGUCCCUCUGAAUUUGAAGUUUUUUCGAAUUUUAUGGGGACUGCGCAUCAUGCCUAAAUGGAAAAUUUUCCUUUGGAAACUUUGCCACAAUGGGAUUGCGACUUCCGCCAAUCUCUCCUCCCGGGGUCUUGCAAUAUCUGAUACUUGUCCACAGUGUAACCUGGCACCUGAAACAUCCCAACACAUUUUCAGGAGUUGUCACUUGGCUACCAUUUUAUGGCAAUCAGGCCACCUGGGUAUUCAUUCAAAUUUAAACCCUGAUGUUGCUUUCCAAGACUGGCUUAUUGCCUGGGGUAGGAAUAAGGUUGUUUUCAACGGAGUGGUGCAGGACUUGGCAUGUAUUCGCUCUCUAGUAAACCAAGGUAUUCAGCAGCACUUCACGUUUUUGGCUCAACCGAUAUCCAAAGUCCAUGCAUGGUCUGCUGACUCAGGACCUCCAGGGUUCCUUUUCGCACAUUUUGGCGCAUCGUUCUGCGGUACUCCACAAGCAUAUAUCCAAGUGGAUGGUUCUUGGACCCCAACUUCUACUUUGGCAGGUAUUGCAUGGGUAGUUGACCAUAUCUCAAGCCACAAUAGGGAAAGUCAAGGCAGUUGCAUUAUCGCGCCUUCGGCCCUAUCUGCUGAAGCCAAAGCUUGUUUGGAAGCUUUGAUUUGGGCUCAAGGACAUGGCCUUCGUCACAUCAUGGUAUAUACGUACUGUGAACUGCUGGUCCAGGGUUUACGGCAUCAAGGCUCCCAACCAAACACAAUUGCUUGGACCCUGGACGACAUUCGAACCAUUGGACAACAGGCUCAUGAGCUGGCUACUCAUAUACGGAUUUCAAAAGUUUCUCGCCUACUCGUUCAGCAGGCUCAUGAGCUGGCUACUCAUAUACGGAAAGGCCAAAUUCCGUUUACGGCUUUUUAG